AACAAACACCGGUACCGGCCCCGUUAACUUGGUGUCGAACCUCCUCCCCUCACGGUGUCACGGGGCUCUGGCACCUCGACUUCAGCAACGAUGCAGAAGAGGAGAGUCGCCAAAGUAAAGCGAGCGAAAGCCGGAAAGGGGAAGAAAGAAGGAAAACAGGAGACCAAAGCGGUCAAGGAGUCCGACAUCGAGAAAGCCAAGGCCACGGCGGCCCUGUGGGAGCUGAGGCUCCGGGUCACCGACAGCUCGCUCGUCGAGUACCGGGAGGCCUCGCGCAGAUUGGCCCGUGCGAACGAAGAGCUCACCGACCGGCUGUACCGAGCGGAGCAGGACGCGAUCGACAUCACCGGCUUCCUGACGAGACAAGACGCGGCCAAAGAGAACAAGAUCAAUGCGCUGCAGAAAAGCCUCAUAGUUCAAGAAGAACUUGCACGUAAAGAACAAAAGAAAGUGGUUGAAGAUUACACAACGCAAAUCAAUGAGAUGAAGGAACUGUUCAUGAAGAAGUCCAGUGAUUUUGAUAUGAUCCAAGAUGGGAUGAAGAAAAUUAAGGAAUUUCAGAAGAGGAAAUCCCAAAUGGAGCAGGAGCUCAUUGAUAUUAAAGAAAACAUGGACGUCGCCGAAAAGGACCACAGGGAAAGCCUCAACAAAUUGGAGCGAAAAUUCUUCAUAGAAAAGGUUCGCCUGGAGGAGGAAGCUGAGAAAACCAUCGCCCUGGUGGAAGAGAGGGCCCACAACAAAGCCAUCGUGAAGUUGGACGACGCCUCGCGCUCUGUAUUCAAGGAGAACGUCCGACUCAACGAAGCGCUGAAAUAUCACAUAAAGGAGUCAGAGCAACUGCAGAUAUUGACAAAUUCAAUGUUUAAGGAAAAGACCUCCCUGGCACUGGACAAGAACACGUUGGAGUUGAUGGUAAAGAAAAACGCAGCUCAGAUGGAGGCCCAAAACAAAGAGCUAUCCAAGCUGAGGGCCACGGUAGCCUACCUGCAGCAGGCCCGGGAGCUCAAAGAGGACGGACCCGAGACACAGGAGGAGGAGGAGGAGACCCUGGUCAGCGUCCCGGCCGCCCAGGUAGAGCUGGAGGAGCUCCGGAGGGUGCUCGCCGUGCGGGAGAGGGAACUGGGCCACGUGAAGCGGCUAGCGCGCGGCAUCGUGCAGCAGCGCAGCGAGCUGGAGCGGUUCUUCCACGAGGCCCUGGUCCAGGUGAAGCAGGAGAUCGCGGCCAGCAGGUCGCAGUACAAGAAGGAGGCGCUGCAGGCUUAUCGCAGGCGGCUGAGGGAGGCCACGGCAGGAAAACAAAAGUUCCCACCUAUCCGCACUUUUGGGAAAGGCCCCCACAGCACCAACUCUGUCUAUUCAGACAUGGAGGCGGCGGCAAGGUGGACUCAUCAACCAGGCAGCCGAGUUGAGGUCACUGAUCUAACUUGGGAGCAGAAGGAACAAGUGCUCAGGCUGCUCUUUGCUAAAAUGAAUGGACAGAGGGAAAGGAAAGCCAGCAGACACCCGGCCUCCUCUGAGAUGAAGAGGCUCACCGACAGCGAUGCCGCGGGGGAAGACGCCAAGGGAAUAACGAGAGAGGAGCCCUCCCCGGCGACCUUCAUCACCCGGGCACCCGAGUCCGUUCGGCCUCCGAGCCCAAGCAGCCUGCCGGACGUCCACAGCGCGUGACCUCUUCUGUGGCACCUCACACUUCGUACGUGUGCCACCCUGUGUGUAGUGGAAUGCCUCGAUGUUUAAUGGUGCUCAUUAUAAACAUUUUACCAUAUAUAUAUAUAUAUAUAUACACUCACAGGUGAAGCUUUUUGAAAUUCUGUGAACCAUUUUAAACGGAUCAAUAAACCGAUUGCUCAUAGGUUAAAUUAGACUGGACCACCUAAAAAAAUAUGCCUCAUAAGUGUCCGUGCAAAAGUAAGAAAAUACUAUUGAAGAAAUGCAAUACCGGUGUUUUAUUUGAGGAAAUUAUAGAUUCCAAUAACGUCACCCCAGCUGUGUAGAGCUUUUUGCACUGUUGACAUUGACAGAUCUGUUUACACUUUGAAUACAAGACCUCUAAAAAAAAAAAAAAUAGGGAGUGCAUCAUGAAAUGAAAAUUCACUUUUAAAAUGAUAGUACUCCAUACACAAAAACAUUUUGUCCUUGUACAAAGUACGUGGCAAAGAAAGCACACUAACUGCCAAUCAGAAACCACACGCACUAUCUUCUGCCAAAAUGUCAAAAUUUACCCUGAUCCUACCAACCUAUUCAACAUGACUACCAACUGACUAA